UACCGCAGCUCCUCCCGCCAACGCGUAUUCAAAAUACGGCUUAUCGGCGUGUUAUCGAGUGUGUUCGGUACGCACACCGUCGCGUUCGUAUAACUGGCCGCCGCGCCGUCAGUUAACUUUUAUUUUCCUGUUCACCGUAGUCGAGUGAAUAGCGCGCGCGCGCACCGUACCUACCUACGCACAACGGCCGCGCGGUAGGUCUAUAUUAUAAUAAUAAAUUUGUCACGGUCAUCUGCUGCCGUAUUACGCGAUAUUCGAUACACACGCUUAUGCAUAGACGACCAGACGACACGCCGCAGCGUUCGUGAACGGUACCCUAAAUACACGAAACUCUAUCACGCAUCGAAGCAGUGGCCGGUACGCGUACACCCACAUCGAAUAAAAUCUAUAAACAUUGAAUAAAUAUUAUACAAUAACUGUUGUUAUUGGCGAUCAUGUUUAACGGGUAUUACGGGUCGACGUCGGAGAGCAGCGACAGCGACGCGCCGAUCGACGACGGGUCGUCCGUCAAGACGAUGGACCUAAACUACCUGCUGCUGGACGGCGACACCAUCCAAAAGCAUUUGGUCGACAUGUGCGAGCGCAGCCGGCCGGACGGCAUCGACACGAUGCUCCUCAACCACAACGCCAUGCUGUCCCUGCCGCCGGCCAUCAACCGGUUCCAGCACCUCCGCGUGCUCGACAUCAGCAACAACCGGCUGACGCACGUGCCCGACUUCGUGGCGCGGUUGCCGCUCACCACGCUGGUCGCCAAGAACAAUCUGAUCGACGACGACGGGUUCCCCAAGGAGUUCGGCUGCGCCGCACACAUCAAGGUGCUCAACAUCAGCGGCAACCGGUUGUCGCACUUUCCCCAACAGCUGCUGUCGGUCACCACUCUCGAGUACCUGUACAUGGGCAGCAACAAUCUGGUCGAGAUACCCAAAGACAUCAACAAACUCAUCAGGUUGAAGUUCUUGUGUUUGGGUGGAAAUCAUUUGUCAGAUGUACCUGUGACUUUGGGUAUGUUGGAUAAUUUGAAAGCGCUUAAUUUGAGCGAUAACUCACUGGAGAGUUUGCCACCAGCCAUUGCCAAUCUCAAACAUCUAAAAUCGUUGAUGUUACAUAAAAACAGACUUCGUACACUACCUAUAGAAAUCAUAUCGUUGAAGUGCCUCACAGAGUUAAGCCUGAGGGACAAUCCAUUAGUAGUGAGAUUUGUAAGUGAUAUGACACAUAAUCCACCAUCUUUACUCGAACUAUCUGCCAGAUCAGUGAAAAUUAACAAUGUACAAUAUGGUGAACGCGAUUUGCCUUACAAUUUGAUUGAAUACUUAUCGAGCGCACAUCAUUGUGUCAACCCUAAGUGUAAAGGUGUAUUUUUCGAUGACAGGGUAGAACACAUUAAGUUUGUGGAUUUUUGUGGCAAAUACCGUAUUCCGUUGCUACAGUACCUAUGUUCAUCAAAAUGUGUUGUCAAUCACAGAAACAUACUUGGAGAUAGCACUGACAGCAAUAUGAUGAGAAAAGUUUUACUCGGAUAAAUCCGUAAAUAUUUCUUAAAACAAAUCAAUAACUAAACACCUACUACAUAUACUUAUUUGAUAUAUAAUAUAUGUGAAUACCGAUAUUUAUACACACAAGCCUCGAUUAUGGCUACUCAAGACCAAGGAUUAAUUUAUUCAAUAUAUAGGCAGAGUACACUAAACGAAUAUAAACCUAUACCUUUGUAAUUUAUUUUUGUUGAAUUAAAGAUUGAUAAAAAUUAUUAAAA